CCAUCCGCGACAGCGGCAAACAAGCCUGCGAAUGUGCGAACGCAGAACGCCUGUGACGCAUGCCGAAUCAGCAAAUCGAAAUGCGACGGCACUGUUCCCUGCGCUCGGUGUCAAAAUAAGUGGCUGGCGUGCACUACGUCUCGCCUUCACGCAAAGGCCGUGGGCCCGAUAUCAGCAGAACAUGUGGCAACGCUCCAGGCGCAGCAAAGGCGACUCGCCCUCGCGGUGUCUGCGAUGGCCCACGUGAUCAAACAAGCAGAGUCGCGCGGCUUUGUCGAAGACGAUAGUAGGGCCAGCGCCACCGUCGCGCCGCUCUCACCUGUGGAAAUGGCACAUACCUUACAGAGGUUCGCCCCCGACGACCCAACAGCCGCCACAGUACAGGUAGAUUCGACUCCGGAAUAUCUCGAAUCCCAGUCUAAGAAGCGUAGACUCAUCCCCAACAGCGAUGUCCCGAUGGCCGACUCCCCACAAUUGGGAGGUCCUGCGGAAGAUCUGCAUCCCUUCGAGAAAUUCUUUGCGAUGGUAAAACGGCAGAAUAUUGGUAAUCCGAUGCCAGUAGAACCUGUUCCGACAGCUUCGACCCAGCCUGGCACCGCCGCAAAUGAAGGGCUCGAGAUAAUGGAUCCGUCUGCACCGACCUUCGAGUUCCACCCACAGCUCGCACCGUUUGUGGACUUAAUCGACUGGGAGGCAAGCCUGGAGCAUUUUGUCGACUCUCAGUACGAUGGAGAGAACUUCAAUUGGGCAGAUCUCGAUACGUUCAAUGUUCCCGACACGAUGUCUUGACCCAUCAAGAUAUUUGAGAGAUGUGCUUGGCGUCCAACGGGGAGUGGAUCGAUAUAUGCGGAGGAUCCGGAAGCGCUAAGGCGUUCUUACCAAUUUCGAGGCGUAGAUAUACCAUGCAGGCAACCCAUGCCACGACACUCGGUGGUA